UUCUUCUCUCUCUCUCUCUCUCUCAAUAUCGGAAAGACGAAAUCGGUAUCUAGGGUUUGCGAUCCCAAUCUGAGCAACCACCAUCACCCGCACAAGAUCCUCACCGGAUAAGCGGAGCAGAAGCACGAUGUCUUCGACGAAGAAGAUCACGCUCCGGAGCUCCGACGGCGAGUCCUUCGAGGUCGACGAGGCGGUCGCCGUCGAGUCGCAGACCAUCAAGCACAUGAUCGAGGACGACUGCGCCGACAGCGGGAUCCCCCUCCCCAACGUCACCAGUAGGAUUCUGGCCAAGGUCAUCGAGUACUGCAAGAAGCACGUCGAGUCCGCCAAGUCCGACGAUCACACCACCGACGACGACCUCAAGACCUGGGACGCCGAAUUCGUCAAAGUCGACCAGGCCACUCUCUUCGAUCUCAUCCUGGCUGCAAACUAUCUGAACAUCAAGGGCUUGCUGGACCUGACAUGCCAGACGGUGGCAGACAUGAUCAAGGGGAAGGCUCCGGAGGAGAUUCGCAAGACUUUCAGCAUCAAGAAUGACUUCACCCCUGAGGAAGAAGAGGAGGUUCGCCGCGAGAAUCAGUGGGCUUUUGAAUGAUAGCGCGUCUCUUUGUCAAUUGGAAUCUGCAGUCGGGCACUGUGUUUCUCUCUGUUAAUUAGAAUCUGCAGUUGUGCACUAUGAGUUGAACAUGCUAUCUCUUUCUGAAUGUGAAUGCGCGAGGAAUUAAACAUAUCCUUUGAUGGAGGAAUGCGGUGGUAUUUGUUCUGUUUAC